CCGCCCAGAGAUGCUCCGCGCGCUCGCCGCCUCGAAGUGGGUUCAACCUUGGCCCCUUCGACUCUGCCUCAUUAGCCUGCCCAAGAAAAGGAGGGCGUUCGCCAGCAACGUGAUUACGCCAGUGCCCCUCUCCUACACAGUAUUUGAUGGAUCCUCACCUCAACCUCCACUCGUUUUUCUACAUGGGCUGUUUGGAAGUAAAGCCAACUUCCAAUCCCUCGCCAAAAAGUUGGUGCUCCAGACUGGCCGCACGGUGCUAACAGUAGAUGCCCGUAACCACGGCAGCAGCUCCCACAGCUCCAUGAUGUCCUACGAAGCCAUGAGCGCCGACGUCCAGCUCCUCCUCCACCAGCUGCACCUCAACAGGUGUGUCUUGAUUGGGCACAGCAUGGGUGGCAAGACAGCCAUGGUACUCUCACUCCAACGGCCCGAGCUGGUGGAGCGUCUGGUAUGUGUGGACAUCAGCCCCAGCGAGACAUCAGCUGUCACCAGCUUCCAAGCCUUCGUGGCUGCUAUGCGGGCCGUAGACAUCCCUCAGGGCUUUCCCCGCUCUGCUGCUCGCCGGCUGGCUGAAGAGCAGCUGCGCUCCACCAUCCAGGAGCCAGCCAUCCGCAACUUUCUGCUUACCAACCUGGUGUCUUCCGAGGGCAAGUUCAUGUGGCGGGUGAACCUAGAGGCCGUCUCUAAUCAUCUGAAUGAAAUCUUGAGUUUCCCUGACUUCCAGAAGCCCUACUCAGGUCCCGCUCUCUUCCUGGGAGGCUCAAAAUCUGAGUACAUCAGCUCCAACGACUACCCGGAGAUUGAACGGCUUUUUCCCGAAGCAGAGAUCCAGUACGUGCCGGAUGCUGGGCACUGGGUUCAUGCUGAUCAACCCCAGCAGUUCCUCACCGCUGUGUGCAACUUCCUGGAGCUGUCUCCACGAUAGACUCUCCAGAAGGAACUUUACAAACUGGCCUCCUGGGGCAGAAGUAAGGCAGGAGUGUGUCCUUCCUUCCGGCCAGCAGUUUCUUCUGCCAGGUCCAUCUGUUAAUUCUGCAAGCUCUGACUGGGGCUGGCUACACCUGUGAUUCCUGCCACGACCAGCUUCCCCAGAGGCCUAAGUGGGUGUGCCAUGUUGCAGUGCUGCGAGCCGAACCCUGUGGUGGCCGGAACGCCACUUUCCCCACGUCCCCUCUGUACAGUAUUUAAUAUUAAA